AUGGAGAAGCCAAGGAAGCCAGCAGAUUCAUUGGAAUAUUCAGAUUCGCCGACCCUACAAGAUGAAUUUGUGUCAAGACCAAGAGAGUCCAGUCAGGCGGGUUAUUGGUGGAAUAAAAUGUUAAAGAGUAGGAGGAAGCAAUCUUUCGAUGAGAUUGAGGGUAUCGAUACAGAUGUUGGUGAUGGAUUAUUAACAGGUUUACAUAAACACGCUAAAAGGCACCGAAGAAAGAAUGGGAUAUUCAAUUAUUUCGUCUUUGGAGGUAUAAGUGGUUUCAGUAUAUUGUCAAUUCUUCUUCUCACAAACCUUCUAUUCGGUGCUGCAACAUUACUUUGGAGUCAUGAUAUCGAUGAUGUUUUGAAGAAUUGGGGAAAGCCUGGAACAGGAACUGAGGGUUUAGCAUGGUAUCCGACCGAUUUCACACGAGAUAUACGCCCUAUUCCAUGUCAUUCGCACAAUGAUUAUUGGAGACGAGUGCCAUUAUUUGAUGCAUUACGAGCUGGAUGUACAGGAGUGGAGGCAGAUGUAUGGCUUUUUGAUAAUGAUUUAUACGUUGGACACAACACUGCUUCAUUACAACGAAAUCGGACCUUUCAAUCUCUUUACAUCAACCCUUUAGUCGAUAUCCUCGAACGACAAAAUCCAACAACUGAUUUUUAUAAUGGGACCAAUCAUGGAGUUUUUGAUUCAGAUGAUGAAAAAUCUUUGACUCUUUUGGUAGAUGUAAAGACUGAUGGUGCAGAAACAUGGCAAUGGGUUCUGGAACAACUCGAACCACUGAGAAAACGUGGAUGGCUCUCAUAUGUCGAGAAUGAUACGCUACAUACACGACCCAUUACAGUUGUUGGGACAGGAAAUACACCAUUUGAUGUCCUUACCCAAAAUUCAACCUAUCGCGAUACCUUUUUUGAUGCGCCACUUGAUAUAAUGUGGGAACCAAGACAUACUACCGAAGAAAUGAAAGAUUUGCCUGAAUUCGAUGACGAUGCACCAGGUGAAGAAUUAGAUGAAGAUGAAGAUGAAGAAAGUGCAGAAGGUCUUGCGCCUGGAAGCUCUGCUUCAGUUCCUCAUAAGAAAUCAAACAAAGGGCAAGGCAUGUCAGGUGUAUCAUCCAACACAGAGUUUAACUCACUAAACUCAUAUUACGCAUCCGUUUCUUUUAAUCAAGCAGUGGGCAAAAUAUGGAGAGGGAAAUUAAAUCAUAAACAAAUGAAGAUUAUUCGUGGACAAAUUAGAGGUGCGCAUAAAAGAGGUCUUAAAGCUAGAUAUUGGGAUUUACCCAGUUGGCCUAUUGGAUUAAGAAAUCAUGUGUGGGAUGUUCUUGUUAAAGAGGGAAUGGACUAUUUAAAUGCAGAUGAUUUGCGAGCGGCGGCAAAACAAGUUUGGUGA